CGAAACAUCCUCAAGGUGGAUCGGAAGGUCUACUUUGAUUCUCCGAAAAUUAAAUUUUGUCUAUUUUCGAAACUUUAAUAUGAAUCCAAAAAACAUAAUUUUUUCACAAUUUAUGAUACAACAGGCGGUGAUGGGCGUGAAAUUGCCUUUCAUGCACAGAUAUGAGUUUCAAAAUGUAAAACGAAUGAUUCGGAGUUUUCCAAAUUUUCGUUCGUUGACAAGCAGAAUUCGGCAUUAGAAAUAAAGCCCUAACGUCUUGUACUAGUAGAUCAUUAGAAUAUGUGAUAAUUGAUAUCUCUUUAUCCUUAAACGAAUCCUGAUUGUUCCUUCCAGGAUCGGCUCAAAUACCUGGCUUCAACAUCCCAGCUAUCAUUAGGGUGGAUCGCAACUGGUUCGUGAUGUCCACCGAUCCUGUUGGCUCGGUUGUCACCAGAGUUCACCGCGAGAGGACCUGGAACCAGAAUGUGACUUUUGGACUCGAUACCACCGGGCCACCGGCUCCAUUCACUAUAGACCCUGAUACGGGCGUCGUGACUGUCAACGACACGCUUAAAGAUAAGGAAAACUGUUCCUACUCACUAUGGGUGACGGCAUUCGACGGUUUCAUACCGCAACGCACCGAAGUGUUAGCUACAAUUACAGAUAAUUUGGGACAGCGACCGAUACCCCAUCCUCCACCACCAUGGCCGAACUAUCAUAUACCACCGCUGCCUCCACCAGAUUACCAAAGUACAACGCAAAGCUCAACCAAAGCGACCGAAACUCUUAUAGAAGAAAUCACAACAGUACCUGAUACAACAAUAGUCACAACGCUAAGUCCAAACAAAAAACCAGAAAAUAUCCCUCAAGAACAUAGCACGAUGAAAACAGUUAACAUUGAUGAAAACAAGAAUGUAUCAGAUGCCACUGAAGAAUCUUCACUAGGAAGCGACGUCCCAUUAACAGUUAUACCUGUGAUUGCUAUUGGUGGCCUUGUGGUUAUUGUGGCUGCAGUAAUAUUAUUUGUUUGGAAGAAAAAUAACAGUUCAACUAAGACGAAAAGCAAAAAGGAUGACAUGAGCAAAGACUCGAGUGGUAUAGUCCUCCAAGACUCAUCGGUAAACUUGUGGAACCGACCGCGGACUUACUCCAAUCGUUAUGAAUGCUGGGACAACAACCAUUUGCAGCUGUCUGAUGAAACCACAAUUACAAAAGAGGAGCCUUCGGAUGAAUGGGAGUUUCCCCGUCAUCGUCUAAGAGUGUUCAACAUUAUCGGAGAGGGCGCAUUUGGUCAAGUGUUUCGAGCUCAGGCUAUAGACAUAGAUGGCAAGAAAGGUGAACAAAUUGUAGCUGUGAAAACACUCAAAGAAAACGCAUCCGAAAAAGAGAAGACGGAUUUAAUUCAAGAACUAAUAGUAAUGAAGAAUCUAGGAACUCACCCAAAUGUGGUGAGAUUAAUCGGAUGUUGUACAGAAAAGGAGCCAACUUUGGUGAUUAUGGAGUUCGUGAGCGUUGGCAAACUGCAACAAUUCCUCCGCGACUCGAGAGCAGAACGCCACUACGGAAACACACAUGGUAGCCAGUUCCUUACUUCCAGGGACCUUACGCACUUCGCCUUCCAGAUUGCGAGGGGAAUGGAAUUUCUCAGUUCUAAAGGGAUAAUACACAGAGAUUUGGCAGCUCGUAACGUUUUGAUUACUGAAGAAAGAACGUGUAAAGUAGCUGAUUUUGGACUCGCUAGAGAUGUCGGUGGUACACACGUUUACGAGAGGAAGAGUGACGGCAGAUUACCUAUAAGAUGGAUGGCGCCAGAGUCCCUUUACGAUGAUAUAUUCAGUGUAAAGUCCGACAUUUGGAGUUUCGGUGUGCUUCUAUGGGAGAUCGUCACUCUCGGCUCCACUCCGUACCCUGGCAUGUCAGCUGGCGAUGUUAUGAGAAAGGUUCACAGUGGAUAUCGUCUGGAAAAACCAGAACAUUGUCGUCGGGAGCUGUACAAUAUAAUGUAUUACUGCUGGGAAGCUAAACCUACUGACAGGCCCGACUUCAAAGAAGUUGUCGCCAUGCUGGAACGUCUACUAUGUACUGAAACAGACUAUAUCGAACUAGAAAGGUUCCCAGACCAUUCUUAUUACAAUGUGCAGCAUUUAGACGGUGAAAAAUUGUAAUGAUAAACGAUUAUCCAAAAAAUAUGUUUAAGUUACUUUUAUUUGAUCUUUGAGGACCACUUUAUUACUAGCAUAAUAAUAAUUACUUAAAUUAUCUCUGUAUAUUUAAAACUUCGCUAAUGAUUUAUUGAUAUUAUAUAUUAUAUUGAUACAUAUUUUAAUAUAUGUUAAAAGUUUAUAACAUUCAUUGGUCCUGAUAAGCUUUUUCAGAAAAAAAUAAUUUAAAAGGUUUUCAUAGUAUUUUUAUACUACAUUAACGUUUAAACCUAGUGAGGAAAUAGAAUCUCAUUAAAUAUAUCGUGGUCUUUAUAAUAUAAUUAUUAAUGUUAUAAUAUUUUAAUUUUAUGAUAAAUCUAAAAACUGUUUAAAAAAUUAAGGCAAAUCUCUUUUAUGACAUUUAUUUGUAAAUAAACGACAUGCAACAUACAAUAAUCAUGACUAAAAUACAAUUUGUGUACCUACACCAGCAAAUGAGGUUAUUACACAAUGUCAAAUAUGUGCUAUCAAUUUUUAAACGUAACCAUGUAUCAUGACUUAUAA